CAUGCUGCGGUGUGCUGGUGCGCUGCAGUCCCGCACGAAGCCACCCACGUCUGGAUAUCCUCCCGGCCGGCGCUGGGCUCCGGAUGCUCGUGUUUAUGUGUUUCUGAGAGCGGAGCCCUCUUAGGACGGGACGCUUUUUGUGACCGAUUUAACGUCAUGGUCUUCACCCGGCGCUAGGACCCAGGGUGCGCGAUUCUCAUCUCCAGCUGCUGCAGACCGAAAACUGGCAAUAAGGGAAGAUCGCGAGGACGAGCAGAAAUUGCUCUGAAUUCAUCCUACUUCCAAAACGCAACGGCCGCCCCUCCGCCGAGCCCCCUGCGUGCACGACGAGAGCUUGUUGCGCCGCGUGCAGGCUUUCCUGUCGACAGCUCGGAGCGCAAGCAUAUGACGGUAUUUCAUAGAGGACUGCUGUGACUGGCUCAGGCAUGUUGUGCUGAAGCAACACCUAUGCAGGUGGAUUCUACACUAAUGAAUGUAGGGGAUGGAGGCACGGUGAGCAGAGAGAUCAGUGCUCCACAUAAAGCAUCCACUAGUAUGGUGGGAAAUCCCCCCCAGACGCUACCCGCUGAAUUUAGAAGAGAUGUUAACCUCAGUCAGCAAAAAAAGACAACUCCAACAAAGGACUGUAAGACUGUAAAAGCCUGCGUGGACACCAGGAACUGCACCCUCAGCCCUGAACUUUCUCCUCCUCAACAGACUAAUAAUGCACCAAUGUCCAGCUCGGUUCUCACUGGUUCAGAGAAGAGAACAGAUAAAAGGACAGAGGCCCCUAAAGGCAGAGCCGACGGUCCCGGGGUCUUCCCCAAUUCUCGGUGGGCCAGCAGUGUAAAAGCCAACCGGGAAGACUCUCUUAACCCAUAUCUCAGCAAUGUGACAUCCAGUAAGAAGUCACAACAGCAAACACAGUCUUUGCAAAGUGCUCCAGCCGGGUUUCAGUGUUCAGCCAUGUUUAAACCAGCCCAGCCUGUUGCCUUCCUGCCCUCCACUAAUUUUUCCUCCCCACUUUGUAAAAUUACUCUUCCACCAGCAUUAGGACAAAUAGCAGCUUUGAGAGAGGCCACAACGAGUCAGUUUCAGAAGGAAGUCCAGCCUCAAAACUCAAGCGUUGGAGGAGCAGCGCUCAUGAGGACCUAUCCCUUUUCGUUAUCGGUGGGCCGAACAGCAGAACAAAAAACAGUUGGAUCGUCCUUGAAGGUCAAAUCUAACCACUCAACUAGCAAAAACGCCAAAUGUCAUGGAGAAGCUAAGUCUUUAGCCUCUGCAGUAGCAUCCCCAGCCGUUGCGCUGCCUCUACAGCAUCCAUCGCUAACGUCAACAGUCGCCACCCACUUCACUUUGUCUCCCACUGCUGCCAAUUGCUGCAGUUCUGCUCUGGCUAACAUCACCUCUCAAAGCAGACUCCUGAACCAAGUUGAGAAAGGCAACGGCAUAGAAAAAACUCCUGUGGGCUCCAUGAACACAGCGUCCCCUUGUGUUGCGGAGGACCACACAACUUGCUCAACUGAACCAAGAGAUGUCCCUCUUGAUCUGUCAGCUAAAUCAAAACGUCCAAAAUGCAUCACCGACCUCCCCGUUUCUGUGACAGAGCUUCGAAAUAAUGAGUCCAACCAGAGAGAUUUUCUGAAUGUAAACAGAACUCAUUCCACAGCGUACAACUCAGCUGGGCAGUACCCUAUCUUACCAAAUACCCACAGAAAUGGAUCUCACCAAAAACAGUUAAACAGGACUCAGAAUCACCAGGUCCCAGAACCCAAAUCUACUUGGGAUAAUGGGGCUUCACAGGAUUCUAUCAAGUCCAUCCCUGGUACAUAUGUGGGUGUAGCUAGCCCCAUACUGGCUUCUGCUCUACGGGGCAAAGAUGGCAAAGGUACCUUUGCUGAUGAAUUUCAAAGUUUUGCAAAACAAGAGUUCAUAUCAAUAAUUGACCAGGGAGAACACAUGGCCUCAGGAGGAAAGAAGCCAUCCUGUUUGAAGGGUAACCAACAUGCUCACAGUGUCAAGCAUGUCAAAAACACCAGCACAGCCAUGGCGAAGAACUGUCCCCCUAAAGGAUCAUUGACGACUGCCCUGUUAAACUCUGCCAACACGCAUCCAAAAGCGACACCUGGAAAAACUGCAGGUUCCUACUCCACCACUGUUGCCAAUCCAGCCUGGCAGCAGCAGCCUCACCUUCUUCAUCAGCCCUCUUCAGUUCAGAGAAAAGCCCCACACGCAUCUCCAAAAACCAAAGGCAGCGCAGCUGCUGAUGGAUGCGCCCCGUCCAAAUCUGAGGAUGAGAUGUGGGACAGAAUUAAGUCGCCUCUGUCGAACCUUGCAUCCAUUGUAAAGCAGCGCGCUGCGGAGUCAUCCACUCUGAUAGGGGAUGAAACUAAUUCUCAAGCAUUGCUUGCAGAAAGAAAAGCUGAUCUGCUGAGUCCAGUCACAGAAGUUCAACCCAAACAAAAGUCAGUGUGUGAAUACUCAUCCUACAAGUCUGUGGAGAAACCACCAAUGCAGGAAGAGUUGCAUCAAGCUAUGAAGAGACACGAGAAGUCCACUAAGCCUGUGGAGACCAAUGCUGCUGCAUAUGCAAGUCAGGGGGAAUGCACGACCCAGACAACCAAGCAAGGCUUCUUAAAGUCCGCUGAAAAGUCCUGCCUGUUGGGUAGCAGUCUGUCAACAAACGGGAACAGGACAGAAAGCAAACUGGCCCAGGUGUUGGAGGGAGAAACAAUGAAGAAAGAAAACAGCUCCUCAGACAGUCCGUCCAGUGGAAAACCGGAAGGCCUGGUUGCAUCCAUCCUCACUGGCCAGUAUGCAGGCUGGGGCGACAAGUUUGAAAAGAAGGCAAACGGAACCAAAGAGGAGUCGCCAACCAAAGCAAAAGCUGCUGCUGUCAAACUCAAGAAGAGCAGCCCUAAGAAACUAGCAAAGGAAAAGUCUGCUCCAGACAAACUUAAAACCAUCACAGCCAAGAAAAAAGAAGAUUUGGAAAACACUCCAGUCAGAGCAUCUGUCACCAAAAAGAAGAAGCGUGUCUCUGAGCUGGAGCAGAGCUUAAAAGGAGGAAAAGCUUCCCAACAGAAGAAAGAGGCGUCUCCAAACAACAAGAUCAUUCCCAGUAAGGCUGAGGAGGUGACAUUCAGCAAAGCAGACAGCAGCAGCAGCAGUCCUCAGAGUGUGGAGGCCUCGGAGUCUCCCACCAAAGAGGCAGACGUUACAGAGCCCUCUUUUCCAAGAUUGAGGAGAGGACGACGGAGAGCUGAUGAUGCACGACUAGACCUCUGGGGCUUUGCUACACCUUCUCCUCCACCACCACCACCGAUGCUCCCCCACGCUGACUCUCCAUCAUCCCUCCCAAAGACCCCCCUCCAGCCCGCACGUCGUCCGAGAGGGAGGCCUCGGUCAAACCCCAUAAAGGAGCCCAUGUUUCAGGGCAAGGGCAAGACGGCAAGUGCGGAGGGCGGGGCGCCUCCUCAGAAGAAACGCCAGCGGUGCACGAGCAAGAAAUAUGAGACGGGUGAAUACAUAACUGAGAGGGACAAGCUGGAGGAUGGAGAGCAACUCGAAGACUCCCUGAGAGAAGAUUCUGGAGUUCAGGACUCUGAUCCAAGGGCAGAUCCAUGUCCGAGUCCGCUCGCCUCCAGCCCAGAGCCGCCGGCCCCUGUUAAGAAAACCUCGUUCACUCGCUCAGGAUCGUUUCGAUAUCAGGAGAGCGAGGACUCUCCGGAGUGCAGGGAUAAGCCUUCAGGAAAGAGGAAGUUCAAAAGCAAACACUUGAGUGUCAGCGAUGAACAGAAGAACAAAACUAAACGCAUCAGUCUGGGGAAGCGUGGCCCCUCCCUCCCCCUGGAUGAUGAUGAUGAUGGUGUGAAAAGUCCAUGUACGCCCCCACCUACCCCAAACAGCUUUCCAUCCCCUCCCCCUAAAAAGAAAAGCUCAUCGGGAAGAAGCAGCGGCUCAGACUCUCCACCAAAGAAGCCUGUUCCCCCCGAGGUUCGCCGGCUGAUUGUCAAUAAAAAUGCAGGAGAGACGUUGCUGCAACGUGCCGCCCGCCUGGGUUACCAGGAUGUUGUCCUGUACUGUCUUGAAAAAGACAUCGGGGAGGUCAAUCGGCGGGAUAAUGCAGGUUACACAGCUCUUCAUGAGGCAUCGUCUCGAGGGUGGACUCAGAUCGUCCAGAUUCUUCUAAAACACGGUGCAGAUGUGAACUGCAGCGCUCAGGAUGGAACACGACCCCUUCAUGAUGCAGUAGCAAGUGAUAAUCUGCCUAUAGUCUGGCUGCUCCUCAACCACGGAGCUGACCCGACCCUGGCCACGUACUCUGGUCACACGCCGGUGAAACUGGCCCACAGUUCCAGCAUGAAGACCUUCCUGACAGAAUACUUCACAGAUCUGGAAGGCCGCAGCGAACAGAACUCCAGUUUACCCUGGGAAUUCUACAGCAGCUCCCUGUUUGAGACGGAUCAGGAGCCAUGCUGGGACUUCCUGCUCUCUGAGCAAAACCAGGAUCUGGAGGAGAACGGAACAGAGAAAACUGAGCCGGACUCGGACAAAGACUGCCUCCUGUUCGAGUUCUCCUCCGAGCCGCUCCUGCCCUGCUACCAUGUUCAGGUGUCACUUACACAGGGAUUUUGCAACUGGUUCCUCCUGGCAGACGUCCUAAAGCGGCUGAAGAUGUCCGCGCGGAUCUUCCGGGCUCGUUACCCGUAUUUCGAGGUGGUGAGUCUGCCACAUGCAGAGCUCUUGAAGCAGGUCUCCAUCAGCCAGGUGAGCUCGGCUUUAGUGCCUCCUCAGAAAAGCAAACACAAGGAGGAGGACGAGGAGGACGACGAAGAGGGACUUGUGGAGCUGGUCCGUUGUGUACAAGAGCUUCAAAGACUGCUAGGCUCUUCUAUUCACGUCUUACAAGAUGAAGAUGACGACGAGGAGGAGGAAGAGGCAAACGGAGAAAAGCUUUGCAGCCGGUAGCCUCUCGUCUGCGCAGUCCCCUGCGGUGCAGACCGGCUUCUCUCCUCCUGCAGGCAGAAGCUGACAGGAAGCUUCUCCAUCCGGCGUGAUGAGGGUCACAGACUGCCGCUACAUAACGGAUUUAACACUCCACCAUUGACCUCAGCGCACGUCACGCAACUGAACGGUCAAGGCUGGAAGCAGCUUUCAGGUUCCUACCUAUAGGUUUAUUUAAAUACACCAGAAUUUUUUAUGGAUUAUAUGUAUAUGGUAGUGGAUAUGUAAAUCUUGCCAUUAGGAUUUAACACAUUUGCUUCUAUAAAUUAAUUCUUGUGGCAAGAGACGGACAAUUUGUUUUUGUUUUUUUGGACCUUUACUUUUUUGAGAUUGUUCCUGAGGGAUAGCGUUAUUUUUCGACAGGAGAUAAUCUGAGGCUUUUAUCUCAGUGAACUCUUGCGUAAAGCUAAGACGCUUAAGUCAGGGAGGCCUCUGGACCAGAUGGUGGACUGUGGAGAUCUGGAGGCCCACAGACAGGAGACCACGACCCACAGUCACCCUCCCAGCAUCCAAGUCGUCCUGUUUCCGUCGGGAACUUCCUUUCCUCCACAUUUCAUUAGGAAAACCAUGGUUUUUGGACCUUGAGACAGGGUUUGUUUACAGAACUGGAUGGACAGUAGUUUCCUCCGAGACGCCCUUUCAACUGCAGCCACUACGGACACGCCCCCACCACCACCUGACCUCCCUGUACGGUGUUUCCAACCCCUGAGUGCUUUGUGUUGCAGUGUUUUAUUCACACUGUUCGUUGUGCUUAAUUUAAUAGUUAUUAAUAUAUUUGACCUGUUGUGUAUCUGACAACCUCUAUGAGAAAUGCGUUCUAUGCUCGGUGCUUCAUUCUAAAAUGUAACUAGGAUCCCUUUAUUCUGAGAUUCUCCUCCCUCAUUCAAAAACAGUGUUUCCAACAAGCAAAAGUACAGUUUUAUUGUACUGGUGCUGAAAUAGAUUUUUGUGUUGACAAUCAAUGAAGCUUUGGUUUGAAGUCGCAAACUAAUAAAAAGAUAUUUAAGAGACUGAAGUAUAGUUUGGCUAAAAAAAAAACAGAAAAAAAUCGAUGCGAUGGACUGAAGGUGGUGCGAGAUCCUGAGAGACUUUUAUUUGAUUCUUUUAUAAGAAAAUAAGCAGAAUAAAGCAUGAUUGUGAAUUCUA